CAGAUGCAGAGCACUCCGUUGCUUGUUUACGAAUGCUAUUGUGUCUUAACAAUCAGCUGGAACACUUCCAAAAGCCCGUGGGACAAUGGACGCCAGUAGACCGUUGGCAGCAGACCCUAUAUUUGCUCGCUUUGCGUGUGACUUUUGCCGGCAGAAGAAAUUGAAGUGUUCCCGGGAGAUGCCCAAAUGCAGCACUUGCAGGCCAUGGCCCGGCGCUUGCCAAUAUUCGCGGGACAAGUCGUCCUCCCAGUCAGAUUUUACUUCCAUACCCCAAAGACCUAUUACUGCGGCCGGGAACAACAUGGAGGCCCGACUACAACACCUUGAGCGCACAGUACGACAUUUGUCCGACUCCGUCCAUCGAGUGUUUCAAACCAUCUCUUCAGCAUGGCCAAGAGCAGAUAAUACCCAAGGGUCAAGAGUGUCCCAUCUUUCGCCCGUCCCUGAUAAGGAUCGCCUGGGAUCUAACCUCUACGUUAGCCCGUUCCAUUCCUUCUCCUUCCUUAGGGAGACACUAGCUAAUAUCGAAACAAUCUCUCAACCGCCCGGUAGUCCAGCCCGUCAAAGCGCCUACUCUGAGCUUCAGUAUCUCUCUACUAGGCUAACCACGGCACAUGUCCAUCGUGAUCUUGGGGAAGAAGUAGCUACCUUUUAUGUGCCUUCGAGACCCGUGGGAUAUCGCCUAAUUAGCCGAUUUUACGAGCUUUCGAACAUUGGCGACACAUUCUUUCGCGCCCCGACCGAUGAAAUUGUCAGGCAAGUUGUAUUUGAGCCGCACAAGGUCCGGGAAAAGGCAUGGGUGAUCUACCUCAAUUACUUGCUACUCUGCGCUGCUUCAGCGAAGAAUGAAGACACCCAAGAAAUACACGGCUUCCGGCGUAACGUGGAGCUAGCGUUGAACGAUAGCCGGAUCUUCCUUGAGCCGCGUGAAGCCAAUGUGCAGGCCUUGGCCCUUCUAGCCCUGCACGGUGAGGAUUAUGCUGCGCCCAACUUGUCCUGGAUGCUAUUGGGUCACGCUUGCCGCCAGGCCGAAGCUUUGGGGCUGCACGAACGGAGACAUGAUGUAUUCAACCCGCAACAACAGUCACUGUGUCUCUUUUGGCUACUUUUCAUGAUGGACAAAUCCUGUGCUCUUGCCUUUGGCCGUCCGGUCUUCCUUUCCACCGCCAUCUAUCGGGACUUACCGCUACCCGACGAUGAAGUCUUACUUAAUUUCCAUCUUCGUGCUAGCUCAGACGAUGAAAUUCAACAAGCACCAUCUCACGGCUUCAGGUUUGGCGCUCAUUUUCUUAUGAGAUCCAUGGAGCUGUCCAGAUUGACCGGGCUUGCUUUGGAUGUUCUGGCUACAGGUGAGUCAUCCCUUGCAAAGAGGGAUGUCUGGUCGCGGCUUGACGGGUGGUACCUGGAAACAAAACGGGUCCUCACUGAGGCUAUGGACGCCGAGAGCUGCUUUUCGAAUGCGACGCAGCUCCAGGAGAUGGCUCUCGGUAUCAACAGCAUCAAAUUCCACUAUCUGCACACCCUUAUUGUUUUACUGAAGGGAGACGAGUUGUACUCCACAUUUUGCUUGCCGUCUGCUCGUGAAGCUAUUUCUCUCUUAAGUUCCAUGGUAUCAAACUGGUCUUCCAUAUACAACGGAGUAGUUUGGUAUGAAUAAAAAAUAUUUGGUUCACUGCCCUCAGCACAGAUAACUGACACAUAAAAUUGAUGCAGGCAGCUCCUUUACUACCCUUUCACGCCUUUCUUUGUGAUAUUCAAAACCAUAAUCCAUCAAAGGCGUUGGACGGCAGCAAUUGAGCAGGACCUACGUCUACUAUCCACGACUGUGUCCUAUUAUGCGGAAAUGCGAUCGCAGAUGCGACUCCUAGCUACUGUCUGUGAAAGGCUACAGCGAGUUGCGGCUACAUUUUUUCAGCUUGCACAGGCCCACGUCCACCGGCAUUUUCCGCAAGAGAGCGCUGGCGGCACAGUUAGGGCUGCGGAAAUGUCCCCUAUGCGAAGCCAUGAAGGGCCCGAUCAAUUAAUGCAGCAGAUACAGGCGAACAAGGAAUCCGCUUUUAAUUACGCUCAAAGUAUUGAAGCUCUGCCGUCUGUCGGCGUUGGCGACCCAAACGUCUCCAAUUACCUACAAUGGCUACCUGCCGAUAUGGCUACCACAUGGUCGUCCAUGGAUGGUAUCGAUGAUCAGGGCCCGAUUUCUGUUCACCCUGCUAGCGGAAGUACGACGCCUAAAGCGUUUCAGAGCCAUAGGCGAAUGUUUGAUUGGUUCUCAUGGGACGCCUACUAUGG